AUGUCGAGCUAUUUCUACCGCGCACCGACCGAAUCACCCCUCGGACCGUUUACGCACCAUCGCUGGCUCAGAUCCCCAUCGCCCGUCCCGUCAGAGUCAGUACUGUUCGGACACGGCAAAUGGGGAGACGAAGCAGUAUCGAUUCCCUCGAAAUCGGAUCACUGGGCAGUCGGUCCGAGCCGUACUCCUCGUAGCCAACCUGACGCGUCGAGCGAUGGCAGCGAUGCCGAGUCAGAAGGGCCUAUCACUCCACAUGCGUAUUCAGAGCGCAAGGAUGGGUGGGGCUGGCAGACCAGUCCGUUCAAGGAUCAACGGUGGAAGUUGGAAUUGAGAGAUGAAGGGGCGGAGGGGGAGGCGGAUGGAGAGGGGUUCGAUGUCCUACUGGCCGCGGGCGGAGGGCUCGCCGGGAAGCUACGCCGCGAGGCAGGAGGUCUGGGUGUCGAGCUAGGGAACGUCCGGCCGGAAGGCGGAGAAAACACAGGGCAGGACCAGGAGGAGCGGUCAGCAGAUGAAUGGGAGGAUUGGCGGAGAGGGAGAGGGAAAAGGGCUCGUCGGACUCCCUCGGUCGCCUCGGCGAGCUCAAGCGACGAGGCGGAUCCUCGAGAAGGUGGGCUGGACGGCCUGAGGCGGGUAUUAUGGCCUGCAAGGCCUAGGGUCCCUCCGCAGACCAAGUCCAUCCGGUCCGGGUUCCCCAAUGCUCGUCCGGAACUCGUAGCACGUCAUCCCCCUCCGGUCGAUCCGGUGGACGAGGAAGACCGGUUUUGGUUCGAUCCGCGAUAUCACCAGCAUGUCGAGCGUGCAGCGACACCCGAGCCUGUACAAGUCCGGAAUGAUCACUCGAACCUCCCUCCACCAGCCUUGUCUCUUCCUAUCCGGCGCUCUCCAUCACCCAGUCCGGGGCGGGAACCCCUCCCCGGCCCCACCCUGCAUCUAGGGACCCAUCUCGCGUCGAGACUGGGUCAUCUACGUCUCCUCGAUGCGGCAGAACGGCUAGUACAGGAAGAUGGGAUGUCGGGGUUGUCGAUGUUCCUGUAUUGCCCGAAGAAGCACGUCCGGGAGAUAUGGAGCGAGGAGAAGAUCUGGGCAGUCAGGCAAGGCUUGGACAGGCUGGACUGGCUGAGUCCUGGCUUUUCGGAGAGGAUCUUUGUUCACGCGCACGAGACGAUCAAUCUCGCUUGUCCAGCCCCGAUCAUCGGUUCUACUACCAUGCCCUCAUCCUCCUCAGCGAUCUUCCACCUUACAAUCGAAGGCCUCAGUAUCGAAAUGGCAACGCUGGAACAGCUAGGCUUGAAGUAUCUUGUGGUCCACCCGGGCUCCUCCAUACGUUGCGGUGGGAAAGGCAAUGAUCGUGCGACCCUCAAGAUCAUCGCUGGCAAUAUCGACACGCUGCUCGAGCGGCAUCCAGGCAUCACCAUCGUCCUGGAGAGCAUGACAUGCUGCAACGGCCGACUAGCAGGAACAACUCUCCGCUCGCUCGCUCGGAUACGGCACUACUCGUCCUUCCCCGCCCGGAUCAAAUUCUGUCUAGACCUCUGCCACGUCCACUCGAUAUCACACGACCUUUCCUCCUCCGUUGGGCGUCAGACAUUAUUCGACGACGUCGAUACCUGGCUGGGCGCGGAGAAUGUUGUUUGUGCGCACGUCAGCGAGUGCGCUGUACCCCACGGCUCCAAGCGAGAUCUACACGCCGAUUUUGGAGCAGGAUAUAUAGGGGACGAAGGGUUCCGCACCGUCAUUCGCCAUCCACCAUUCGAGCACAUUACCUGGAUUAUCGAAACGCCGCGAUACCUCCCCCGCAGCGUCACUUCGCACGCUAUCGAAGCGCUCGAAGUAGAUCGGCAAGCAUUGGACAUUGAGCAUCUGCGGAUUCUGGCCAAUACGCCGGCUGGGGAGUGGGCGGAUGAGGUCAAGCGAGUGAAGAGGAAGAAGCGGAGGCGGAAGGCGAUCAAGGAUUUGAGGAGGAAGAUGUGGGCUGCUGUGCCGGGUUAUAAGGUACAGGAAAGGCGGGAGGGGGAGGAGCGGAGAAAACGAGAGAGGAAGCGGCGAGGGAGGCUGGGCAAGGCGAAAGCAAGAGCGGUGGAGAGGGUCGGUGAAGGCUGA